AUGUUCUGGCAUGGAAUGAAGGAGGAGUGCGUGCGUCCAUCGUCUGUGUCCCACUUUUCACCCACUCUCCGCGUGGCCAAAUUCCACGGCUCCCAUUUCCCCAGUUUGAUUGCGCAGCUGCCCCUGAAGUUUCCAUGCCUCAGGCAACUGACCCUGUAUAAGGUCACCAUCUCGGAGGACGUUCUCCAGAGCAUGCUCUUUGGCUGCUCUGCGUUGGAAAGCCUUGAGCUGAAGGACAAUUGGGGCAUUGGUCGCCUCUGCAUCAGCUCCCAAACUCUUAGGAGUUUGGCCUUUUGCGCUGAGCGGUCGAGGGCAGAUGUCUAUUUGCAAGAGUUAGUCAUUGAGGAUGCCCCGUGCCUUGAGAGACUGCUACCACUUGAUUAUAGGGGUGAGACGGUGAUCAUACGGAUAAUCUGUGCACCUAAACUGAAGAUAUUGGGAAUGCUGUCUGAAAACAUAUCAGAAUUCCACCUUGGGAGUUCAAUCAUUCAGAAAAAGGUUGCUGUCAGUUUGACAACCAAAAUGUACACCAUGAGGGUUUUGGUUCUCAGCUCUGUUGGCCCUAAUCUGGAUGCAGUGGUUAACUUUCUCAAGUACUUCCCGUGCUUGGAGAGGCUGUAUGUCAUUUUCCUGUCACCACCCACGUACUCACAGGAGGUCAUGAAUAAUGUCUGCAAUUAUGAUUCACUGGGCCCAAUUGAAUGCCUUGAGCUUCAUCUCAAAAAAGUGGUGUUGAAGAAUUAUGACGGCACCAAGAGUUCAUCUAUUGACUUUGCUAGGUUCUUUGUUCUGAAUAUGAAAGAGCUAAAGGAAUUGAAAAUCACAUUGCCUUACCACCGCCAGCACGGAUGGUUUGCUAAUCAACUCAGCCUGCUUUGA